AAACAAAUUAUGCUUUUGUGCAGGCAGUAUAGAGAAGGAGACUGAUAGAAAAAUAGCAGUCCUUUGUGUUACAGCCUCUUGCAAGAAGAAAGAGAAUACCAGCAGAGAGAGUUCUGCAAGCCUCAAAAGCUAUCCUGUUUCUGAGAAUCUGGUGGUCUAAUACAGUAUCUUUCCAUACAGAACCGUUAAAAAAACAAUAGCAAGGAGAAGAUGUUGAGGUUUUCCAUGCUUCUGUUCUUUGCUGUCUCAGCAACAACCAUCAGUGAAAAGAGACAAAAAUGCCUGGAAGGGGCUGGUCACAAGUAUAAGCCUACCCCAGAGAAUUACUUGCAGGAAUGCACCCUAUAUGCCAAAUCCUCUUGUUGCCACGCAAACAUUACAGAGGAACUUAUUCAUUCUCCCAUAAUCAAAGUAAAUACCACCUACUGGAACAGAUGUGGAAAUAUCAGUAAACUGUGUGAGAGUUAUAUGAAGAAAAUAGAGUGCUUUUACCAGUGUUCACCACAUGCUGCUCUCUGGGCACAUCACCAGUAUCCAGGUGCUAUUGAGUCGGUUCCUCUAUGUCAACACUUCUGUGAUGACUGGUUUGAAGCCUGUAAAGAUGAUCUCACUUGUGUUAACAACUGGUUGACAGACUGGCAAAUUGAUGAAAAAGGAGAAAACCACUGUAAAAAUGAAUGCAUCCCCUACAGAAAGAUGUAUGCCAAUGGAACUGACAUAUGCAAGAGAAUGUGGGGCCAUUCCUUCAAUGUUAGCGAUUCCACCUGCCUCUGCCUGCAAAUGGAUGAAAUGGAUGACAAGGCAAUCAAGCUAAUUGAAGAGAGGUUCUCCAGUAACAGCAGCAGCAAUAGCAGUAGCAGAAGUGAAGAAGACCAUUACUGUCUCCAGAAGAUGGAGAAAAGGAGGGAGAUGAAGAAAAUGAAAGAAGAAGGCAUGGAGACAUCCUGAGUUCUGAGUGUCUUAGAAGUUCCAGGACUCUUUUACCUGCCAGGUAAUCUCCCUGAAGAUCACCAGAAUUGAUGCUAAGCCUGGCAUGAGGCAACUUCUGUCUUAGCAGAAAUCAGAAUCUGCACUGGUCAAUCUUUCCCAUUGUUCUACUAACCAGAAACAAACAACUACAUUUAAUCCAACAUAUCAUUUGUGUUAUCUGUUAUUUUAAUACAAUAAUGCCACCAUUUGCCAUAGGCUUUUGUAGACUGUGUGGCACUUUGUCAGAUGCAUCUGAUGAAACACAUCUGAUGAAAUGGAUUACAGUCCACAAAAGCAUGCACUAAAUAAAAUAUACUACUCUUUAAGAUGCUACAAGACUCUUUGUUUUUGCUGCAGUAGACUAGUGGGAAUAACCCCAGAUGGUCAUUCUUUUGUUGACAAAAAAUCAGCCAGUCAUAGACAUAAACCAACUUUUAAGAAAGCAUGUUGCUGAAAUGCUACUAUGCUCAACAGAGUUAUAGGCUGAUCUCUUUCAAAGACUAUGUGUGGAUGGGAACAAGGGCGAUGAAAGAAAAUCUUUGAGAUGACUACUGUAGUCAGUAGCACAGAUGAACACAAAAGCUGUAUGUUCAGCUAUAGCAGAAACAUCAAAGACUUCUCUGGCUACAGUGUCAUUUUCCAAGGAAGUGUGUGCCUUUGUAGAAUGGUAGUUUCUGCACUUUAUACCAAUUACAUCUUUCCAGUCUUUUUACCCAAUCUGGCCAGCUCCUCAGGUUUGUUUAAUGUUUUAGAAACAAGUUUGUACUUUUCUCAAAAUUCUGUUUCAUUCACAUUGUAUUUUCACAUAAGCCUCAGAUGUCCCUGGCUGUCUUUUAAGUGUUCUCUGUUCAUUCCUUGCCACUUAUUUGAGCAAUUUCUGCAGUGACCUUGGUGUACUAUUCUAAGGGAAGUACCUACCAUGUUCUGAACCUCUUUUUCUAGUGGUUUUCAUAGUAAAACAUCAUGUUCUCUAUGUAUUACUACUGAGCAAUCCUAAAAAUAUUGUCUCUACAAUCAGCUCUACAUAAAUCUUUUUGUUUGAUAAAAAGCUGGUAGCCACAGAGAGCAAAAAAUGUGGAAAGCAUUAGGACAGGCUACAUUUAUAGAAUGACCUACCAAAAUAAGGCUACACAAGCACAUUGUUAAGAUAGGUUUUAAAAACACUUAUAGUAGUGAGAUAAUUAAUUUUUUCCCCAAGAACCCAACACAGCUAUUUAAUAUUAAGGAGUGUUGGGCACCUUUCAAAAUCUGGCUAAAUUUGCUCCAGAAAGCAAAAGAGCACUUUUGAGUCCUCCAGGUUUUUUUAAACAAGGAGUACAGGAGUGCAUUUUGAUUCCUGGAGGCUGCAUGCUUCCCACCUCUGACCUACAAGGAUAUAACAACUUUCUAUGAAAUAUAGAUGUAGCUGAUAAUUGUGAGGAAGCUUUUCAGAUGUAAGAUCACAAGCAAAAGAUAAGUUUUUGAUUCUCUUCUAACCAGGAUGUCCUAUGUAGUUUAAAUGUGAAACAGUAAAUUCCUAAACAGAGAACUGUUUUGGAAGAAAUUUUGAAAUCAAGAAUUCUAGAUGAAUCUCAAAGAAGCAAGGAUAGAAAAAAAUGUCAGUAAUAAAGUUAUCAUAGUUCUCAAUCUUCAUAGUUUUACAUUGCCUCCGGUACAGAGAAGAGGUUGCAGCAAAUGUAACUGGCCACAAGAGAAACUUAAAGUAACAGGGAAUGAGCAGACCAUGCUUUCUACAGAUUCCUGAAAGUCCUUCUGCAAGUUUUCUGAGUGUUGUCCUGUUCAGUGAAGUGAAGUCAUGACCUUGCACUUCAACCAACUCCCUACAUAAUUCAAAUGUCAUAAAAAUAAUAAUCUGUCACAAUUCUUUGAAUGCUUGCUGCAUAGCAGAUGUCUUAAUUCUGUUUUUUUAGAAAGAUCAAAAUUAUUAAUAUUAGGUAUGUAUAAAUCAAGGUGCUUAUUGUGAGUAAGUGGAAGAUCAAGUUUUAAUAUUUCAAUUAUAAAUAUGAAAUGCAUGUUAUUUUUUUAAAAGAAUAAUCUCAUGUUAUAUGAAAAUACAUAUAAGAAUUAGGAAAAGCACAAAACAGAGACAACAAUAAUACUUACAGUAACUACAGUACUUUGUUUAGUGCCUUUUAUCCAGGAAAGUCUGGACACCAAGCAGAAUCAUCAGAUGUAUAAGCUUCCUAGAUUUCCUGUGUUUCAAGGUGCUGUCAGUUCUGUGUUACUUAGGUCUCGGCAGCUACAAGCAACCUUGUGCUAUACUUUUGUCUUUUUACAGUCAAUUGAUUACUUUUCACAAAGGUCAGUAGUUACCUGGUAUCAGAGCCCAUAAAUAGAUGAAAAGGAAUAAACAAGAUUAUAAAAAGAGGGCUUACGAAAAUAAACAGUGUAAAUAUGUAAAGGGGGGGUAAUUGCUACAGUAAAUACACUUCUGCCAUAUAGCAGAAAUAACAUUUAAAAUUGGCUGGGAUGAAGUGGAAAUAGAUAAAAUCCCAAAUAGAUAAAAACCAAACAUGAUGUGCACAAUUCCUCACCCACUGAACAUGUGCAUAAAUAAGUCUGCCAACUCGGACAACAUUCUGUGCAUCUGGUGAGGUGGUCUGUGAAACAUUAGUUUUUAAGGUGUCACUUCAUGGGCUCUGUGAUUCACGGGCUCUCUGAUUCACAUGUAUGUGUACUUAUGAGCCUGUGCAGAUCGUCUUGGGAACAUUCUAGAUCUUUAACCCCUCCUCUUAGUCAAUAUACCACUCCACCCAAGAGUUGCCCAUUUGUUUCCUCUAAUCCCCAGCUAGGCAGCAUCUUAGGAGUGUUCAGAGCAAGUAUGCUGUCUUCGAAAUAGUUAUUCCUUUUAUUUCUGUGUUACUUAAUCUUAUAACCUACCUUCUCUUUGCUUUCAUCCUUCAUCAAAAAAACAUUAAGUGUUGUU